AUGGAUUUAAGCGAAUUCGAACAUAUAUUUGGAGCAAGUGAAAGCGCGUUUGUUAUUUGGGACACUGAUAAUAACGGUUUAAUAGAUUCAUUAGAAUUAUUUAGCGGAAUAACACUUUUUUCUGAUACAAAAUUAGAAGAUAAAAUUCGGUUUUUAUUUGAUUUAUUUGAUUUUAAUGAAUUAGAUAGUUUAGCUUUAGUAGAUAUUGAAUUUAUGAUUUAUUGUUGUAUAAGUGCAACUUAUAAAAUAUAUAGUAUUUCUUAAGAAAUCUAUGCAGAAGAAAUAGCAGCAUUUGUUAACAAAAAUUUCUCAAUAGAUGUUAGAAUAAAUGUAGUUAAAUUAUUACAAAAUUCAAAAUAAUGUUAAGAAAUACAAGAAUUUUUUUCUAUUAUUAAAAUGGAAAAUCCUAAUAAUGGAAUGAAAAAAUUCGUUACUGCUUGA